AUGAUAGAAUCUAAAGUUGCUGAGAUAAAUGAAGAGAGGGAAAUUGUUGAUAAUGACGACGGUCCUGAAAACCCUUUAGACUUUGAAUCUGUAGAAGCUGCAAACGCAAUGGAUGACUUUCAGAGAAUCAAUCUAGUAGAAGUAAAGCAGACUGAUCUUCAAAGUAUGAUCACAAAACUCAAUACCGAUCAAAAAAGAGUCUUCGAUAUAAUCACAAAUAAAAUGGACACAACCGAUAGUAACGCUGACGUUUUACGCUGUUUUUUUUUUAUAAAACCAACUAUGACGAUCGACUUCUACCACAUGUUCGGGUCGCCACCGUGCUCUCUCGUCGAGAUGACGUUCGCAGCGCUGGGCCUCGAAUCCAAAGUCAAGCACCACUUUGUAGACUUUCUGGCUAACGAACAAUUCACACCGGAAUAUUUAAAGAUGAACCCCCAGCACACUGCACCCACCAUCGUGGACGACGGCUUCGUUCUGUGGGAGUCUCGCGCGAUCUCCAAAUACUUAAUUGACAAGUAUAGUAAAGGCAACACUCUUUACCCUGAAGACGUUCAAGCGCGUGCGGUCAUCGACCAGAGACUGGACUUUGACAUUGAUACUCUUUACGGCAGAUUCACAGAGUAUUAUUUCACGCACUUCUUCGAAGGGAAACCGCUGGAAGAGUCAGGUGUGAAAAAGAUACAGGAGGCGCUUGGUUUCUUAGACACGUUCCUAGCGAACACCAAGUACGCAGCUGGCUCGGAGCUAACGUUAGCUGAUUUAGCUCUGUUGGUUACUGUGUCAGUCAUAGAAGCCGGCAACAUCAGCGUAAAGGAAUACCCCAAUAUUGUCAGAUGGUAUGACCUCGUGAAAUCAACAGCACCCAAGUUGGCAGCUAUAAAUGACAAAUAUGUGAAAGACUUCAUAGAUUUCUUUGAUGGUCUGGCGAAGAAAUGA